AUAAACACACCUGACAGAGCUGAAUCUGAGCAGAAGCAGACCAGUCCUCAUGAGAACGCCUCUGAUUUUCCUGCUCCUGUAUAUAGGAGUGAUGGGUUUGGGCAGCAUUUGUUCAGCGGUGCAGAUUCAAACCUGUGGAACAAGUGCUGAACUUACAGAAGAACAAUGCGCUGAUUUGGACGGUCCCACACAGGGCUUCCUGACGUGUGCUGGUGUCCCAUUGGAGCCGGAGGCAGACCACAUACUGCACCUGAAGGCACUCAUGAGCGCCGCUCUGGACGUCUACUCCUUCAUGCGCUCCAGUGUGGCCGGCGUUCCGCUCCUGGAUCUGUCCGGUGGCAUCAGUAUGAACGAGGAUCACGUGAUCAGAGCAUGGCUGGACAUCAAGCUCACUCCUCUGCUGUCAUCCGUCUCCAGAAACUUCCUCACCUGCCUCAGCAACAGAAACUUCAGCUGCAGCACCUACCAGACUGUUGUAAAGGAGUUGAGUCAACAUUUCUCCGGUCUGGACCCUAUACGACAGAAGUGGAUCUAUUCUUUCUUCAUGUACCCGUUUCUCUCCAGAAACACAUCCUCGGGUUGUGUAGAUCCAGAAGACAGCACUGAGGACUGGCUCAUGAAGAACUUUGGCUCGUUCUCGGUCAUGGCUCAAGUGCGAGACUUCACAUCCAUCAACAUGCUCUUCAGCGGGCUGGAGGUUUUGCACCUAUUGAGUCCAGAGCAAAAGGCAGAGCUUCUCCUUCAUCCAGAGAUAAUGGACUUGACAGACAAUUCCCUCAGCGUGGUGUUUCAGAGUUUGCUUUCCUCUCUGAUGCCCUCUGAAGAUCCAUGGCCUUCAAAUAACGGCACAACGUAUUAUAUGAGCACCAUUCCAUCCGCUUCACCUCAAGACCCUCUCGGACAGGCUCUGAAUGGAUUCAUGACGGCUUUCAGUCCUGUCCAGAGUUUCGUUAGACAGUUUGUGUCUUUGACUAAGCAGCAAAACAUGCGGAGCACCACUCUGGUGCAGGCCAUGCUUAACCUGACACUCGCUGAGCUCGCUGCUCCAUUCAAGCAGAAUCCCAACCAGCAGCUGGUCACUUUUGACCCCAUGAAUGUUAACGACUGGUUCAUGCAUGUGGUAUCUCCCAUACUCCGGCGAUUCCUUCCUUCUGGGUUAGAAAUCCACCCCAACCUCUCAGCUGUCUUCCAUAACCAGUUCUACAUUGAGACAGGGAUGGGAACUGGAGGGCAGAAUGAAAGUCAGGACAUCUGCAGUGUGUUUAUUGAUAACAGAACAUGUGGGCUGACAGACCUGGUGGAACACGUGGCCACGGUCCUGCACUGUGCAGCACGCUCAAACCUCACGCUCAGCGAGGAGACGCUCUCGAGUGUCCUUCUGCUUCUCUCCCAGAACCUCAACGGUCUGCUGCAGCAGCUCUCCAUGACUAACUUCAGUUCCCAGAGUUCCCCCUUCAGCGAUGUCCUGGACCAAAUGGUUCAUGACACCUUCACGAUGAGCAACUUGCAAGAUGAGUCGUUUGUGAGAUUAUGGUUCCAGAUCAAGUUAAAGCCUCUUCUCUCCACACUGACUCCAGAAUAUCUCACAUGCCUCAGUCACAAAGAGUUCAGCUGCCAGACCUUCCAGAUACUUGUUUCAGAACUCAGUGACAAUAUGCUUCUGAUGUCAGAAGAAGGUUUGCAGGAUGUUUAUCACUAUUUCAUCGUUUCCUUCCUGAGCCAACAAAAUGUUUCAGGUGGCUGCUCUGCGGAGAACAGCACAGUCUGGGUUACUCUGAAUCUUGGAGGAUUUUCAACAUUUGCAACAUUGAGGGAAAUGUACCAGCUGAACCAAGACUUCAACGCAAUAGAUGCACUGGUGGUUCUCUCUCCCAGACAGACAGCUGAGCUCAUAGUUGAGGAUUUUGCAGGUCUCCCAGAGAAAAAUGUCAUCAUAAACAUGGUUUUUGAUCACAUCCUUGUUUCUCCUGAAGGCCGUGGUCUAGUUGAGAUGCUUGGAUAUCUCAUCAUGCUAACUAACCAGAUGGGUUUGGAGUGCUCAUCUUACCAGCAGAUAGUUCAGAGGUUGCAGGAGUCUAUGGUUCCUCCACACAUGAUGCAACUCAUCAAGGACUUCAAGAGUCAGCUGGAACAGAUGGCUCCUCUCGGCUGUUUUCCUCCACCUAUUACAUGUAUUUCAACACCAAUCAAUGAAUCCUCAAUUUGUGACGGAGUCAGAAGUAACGAGACUGUCCUGUCCGCUGGACUCGUGAGCGCCCCCUGUAGUGUGGACUUGCAGCAGUACGCUUGCUCUUCGAUCACAGGUUUCACUGCUGAAAACCUGGCUGGACUCCUGAAAUGUCAAGUAUCCAGUAGCAGCAGUUACUCCAAAGAGACCUGGAAACUGCUCCUCAUCAAAACAGAUGUAGUUCUGGAUGGAGCCCUCGUCAUCUUUUCCAAUGCAGUAGGAAAUUUGUCUCAGCCAAUCAGAGGUGAUGUGGUGUCCCAAGUGCUGGAUGUGAUUGCAGAGCUGAGACUGGAGCGCAUCAGUCCUGACCAAUGGAGAAACGUCACUUUCAUCAGCAUGUUGUUGGGUCACUACCUCAAGCCGUUUUUACCGUUUGCGUCUCCAUCCCUACUGCAGUGCACUAGUAGCAAAAACCUCAGCUGCCAAACGUACCAGAACAUUGUGUUCCAGUUUCCACUUGUCAGUGAGACUCAAGGAAAAAACAUGGUGAACUUCUUCAUCCUGCCCUUCCUCAGAAGAAACACAACAGAUGCGGGCUGUGUGUCGACUGCUAACAACAGUGUUGAGUGGCUGCAGAACAACUUUGGCUUGUUCUCUCGGUUUGUGUCUCUCACAGAUCUGCUCUCCAUCAACGGACUCUUUGAUCCUCUGGAGUCCCUGAAUUAUCUCACUGCAGAGCAGGUGGUUGGACUGAUAGUUGAAGAUCUACCUCGUCUUCCAGAGAAGGAAGUCGUCAUCAACACAGUGUUUGAUCAUCUGCUUGUGUCUCCUGAGGAGAGUGGACUUCCUGAUGUUCUUCAGAACCUGCUCUUAAUCUCAUAUCAGGUCAUUAUUCCGUGCAGAACCUACAUACUAAUAUUCCAAAGGCUGUUUCAGGCUUUACCAUUCUUGUCGACUGAGAUGGAGACUCUUGUUUUCCAAAUAACUUCAGAACUCAAACAGAAUGGAGCAAGAGACUGCCCUCUUCCUGAACCUCCAACAUGUCUGGUCACUCCUGUAAAUGCUACCAGAGUCUGUUCAGGAGUAAACAGUAACGAGACUGUCCUGUCCGCUGGACUCGUGAGCGCCCCCUGUAGUGUGGACUUGCAGCAGUACGCUUGCUCUUCGAUCACAGGUUUCACUGCUGAAAACCUGGCUGGACUCCUGAAAUGUCAAGUAUCCAGUAGCAGCAGUUACUCCAAAGAGACCUGGAAACUGCUCUUCAUCAAAACAGAUGUAGUUCUGGAUGGAGCCCUCGUCAUCUUUUCCAAUGCAGUAGGAAAUUUGUCUCAGCCAAUCAGAGGUGAUGUGGUGUCCCAAGUGCUGGAUGUGAUUGCAGAGCUGAGACUGGAGCGCAUCAGUCCUGACCAAUGGAGAAACGUCACUUUCAUCAGCAUGUUGUUGGGUCAAUACCUCAAGCCAUUUUUACCGUUUGCGUCUCCAUCCCUACUGCAGUGCACUAGUAGCAAAAACCUCAGCUGCCAAACGUACCAGAACAUUGUGUUCCAGUUUCCACUUGUCAGUGAGACUCAAGGAAAAAACAUGGUGAACUUCUUCAUCCUGCCCUUCCUCAGAAGAAACACAACAGAUGCAGGCUGUGUGUCGACUGCUAACAACAGUGUUGAGUGGCUGCAGAACAACUUUGGCCUGUUCUCUCGGUUUGUGUCUCUCACAGAUCUGCUCUCCAUCAACGGACUCUUUGAUCCUCUGGAGUCCCUGAAUUAUCUCACUGCAGAGCAGGUGGUUGGACUGAUGGUUGAAGAUCUACCUCAUCUUCCAGAGAAGGAAGUCAUCAUCAACACAGUGUUUGAUCAUCUGCUUGUGUCUCCUGAGGAGAGUGGACUUCCUGAUGUUCUUCAGAACCUGCUCUUAAUCUCAUAUCAGGUCACUAUUCCGUGCAGAACCUACAUACUAAUAUUCCAGAGGCUGUUUCAGGCUUUACCAUUCUUGUCAACUGAGAUGGAGAAUCUUGUCUUCCAAAUAACUGGAGAACUCAAGCAAAACGGAGCAAGAGACUGCUCACUGCCUCAACCUGCAACAGGGUGUUUUUUCACACCUGUUAAUGCUACUGGAGUCUGUUCAGGAGUAGCCAGUAACGAGACUGUCAUGUCCGCUGGACUCGUGAGCGCAACCUGUAGUGUUGACUUGCAGCAGUACGCUUGCUCUUCGAUCACAGGCUUUACUGCUGAAAACCUGGCUGAACUUCUAAAAUGUCAAGUAUCCAGUAGCAGCAGUUACUCCAAAGAGACCUGGAAACUGCUUUUCACUAAAACAGAUGACGUUCUGGAUGAAGCCCUCGUUAUCUUCUCCAAUGCAGCAGCAAAUAUGUCUCAGCCAAUCAGAGGUGAUGUCGUGUCCCAAGUGCUGGAUGUGAUUGCAGAGCUGAGACUGGAGCACAUAAGAGACGUCACUUUCAUCAGCAUGUUGUUGGGUCAAUACCUGAAGCCGCUUUUACCGUUUGCGUCUCCAUCCCUACUGCAGUGUACUAGCAGCAAAAACCUCAGCUGCCAAACGUACCAGAACAUUGUGUUCCAGUUUCCACUUGUCAGUGAGACUCAAGGAAAAAACAUGGUGAACUUCUUCAUCCUGCCCUUCCUCAGAAGAAACACAACAGAUGCGGGCUGUGUGUCGACUGCUAACAACAGUGUUGAGUGGCUGCAGAAGAACUUUGGCCUGUUCUCUCGGUUUGUGUCUCUCACAGAUCUGCUCUCCAUCAACGGACUCUUUGAUCCUUUGGAGACCCUGGACAAUCUCACUCCAGAGCAGAUGGUUGGCCUGAUUGUUAACAGUCAACCUGGUGUGCCACAGAAUGCCAUCAUUAAUACAGUGUUUGAUCAUCUGCUAGUGUCUCCUGUGGAACGAGGACUUCCGAAUGUUCUUGAGCUCUUGUAUAUUUUCUCAACAAUGAGUCCACUCAGCUGUCAAACCAACCAGAUAAUCUUCACACGGCUGGAGCAGAUCUUGAGCUCAGGAGCAGGUGAUCUGGAACCCGUCAUCUGGAACAGUGUUUAUAAGUUCAGCCACACAGCUCCUGCAGGCUGCACUCUUCUCCCAGUCGUGAAUGAGUGUCCCGUGACUUCAUUCAAUGAGACUCGGGUGUGCAGUGGAGUGGACAGUUCUGCAGCACAGCGGUGCUUGAACAAUGGAAUGAUUUGUAGCUUCGAUAUCGCAUGUGUCCCGGAGCUGAAUGUAAGUGUGGAGUAUCUGGUCACACUACUGGACUUUCAGCUGUUUGUGAAUGACAUGAGCUCUGCUGAGAGCUGGAAACUCUUCCUGACCAAAGUUUCACACCUGCUGGACAUUGCCCUCAUCCAGCUCUCCAACCAGUCUGUGUGGUGGAGCAGCAGCUCUGCCUCAGUGUUCCUGGAUGUACUGCGGGAGGUGCGUCUGGACAGACUCUCGGAUGAGAGCGCAGUCGCUCAGUGGCUUGAUAAAUACCUGCGUCCUGUCCUGCCGAGCGCAUCUAGGACCUUCCUGCAGUGUCUACGCAGCCAGAACUUCAGCUGCCAGAGCUUCCAGACUGUGGUCGGAGCGUUCGAUGCAGGAUUUUUCCAAAUGAAUGGCUUUCAGCGCCAAACAGUCGUGUCAGACUUCAUCGUUCCAUUCCUCUCCAGAGCAGGUACAGCAUGUGUGUCCAAUGACAGUUCCCUGUGGCUCAGCAGUAACUUCGGCCAGUUCUCUACUCUCGUUCCUCUGAAUCAGCUGAUCUCACUCAACCCACAGUUCAACCCGAUGAGCGGCCUACUCUAUCUCUCUCCAGAGCAGCUGGUUGGGCUGAUGUUUGAUGAUGUUCCUGUUCUUCCAGAGAAAAGUGUGGUCAUUAACGCCGUGUUCGAUCACCUGACCGCAUCUCCACAGAGAGAUAGGAUCACCUCCACACUCACCAUUAUGGUGGAGUCAUCGAAGACGAGGAAUGUCUCCUGUGCAUCGUAUCAGAUCAUCUUCCACCGUCUGGAUCAUCUGGUGGUCGGCGUGCCGGUGGAUCUGGAGUCAGUGAUUCUAAGGAGUAAAUCAGCUCUUCUUCAGAACGUGCCGCAGGGUUGUGUGAACUCCAGCAGACAGUGUGGCGUCACACCAGUAAACGAAACAGCAGUGUGCGCGAGUGUCAACAGUUCUGCUCUAUCGUUGUAUCUCGGCUCGUCUCUUGAUGGCAGACGGCUCUGUGAUUUCAGCCUCACACAGUACGCUUGUGCAGAGUUGACAGAUCUGAGCUCUCAGGACCUGGCGACGGUGUUGUCAUGCAGUCUCAGUGGGAAUGAGAACAUAUCUGAGGAGACGUGGAAGCUCUUCACGCAGAAGGUCAACCCUGUGCUGGGUCCAGCGCUCGACCUGCUCUCCGACACGAGGCUGAAUAAGUCCAGCCCCGCAGUCUCAUUCUUGAAUGUGAUUGGAGAGGUCACUAUAAGCUCCUUCAGCUCCACCAAUCUGAGAGAUGAUUCGUUCGUCCAGCACUGGUUUAAUUUCAGGCUCCGCCCAUUUUUGCCCUAUGCCUCUGAGACGUUCCUGUCCUGUCUGUCCACCAGAGACUUCAGCUGUGACACCUACAGGAGUGUUGUCGACAGCUUCAGUCAGAGUUUUGAUGUCAUGUCCACCUACACACAAGCUAAUGUCUACGUUGACUUCAUCAAAUUCUUCCUCUCUCAGAACAGCACCUCAGGGUGUGUGGACAUAUCUCAGAGCAGCAGUGAUUGGUUGAUCAGCAGCUUUGGACGUUUCUCUGUUUUCACCACAGUCUCUGAUCUUCAGACGCUCAACCCCAGCUUCAGUGUGUUGGACACUCUGGGUCUACUGAGCAUCAAGCAGUUAGUGGAGGUGUCCAGCUCUCCUGGAUUCUUGUCGAGCGCCACUGCGGUCAACAAUCUGCUGCUCUACGUGCCGGACGCUCAGUUCACUGCAUUCUUCACAUCACUCUCCACUACUCUACAGAUGCAGGGCGUGGUUCUCCAAUCCCCUGUGCAGGAGGCGUUUCUGGAGCAGGUGUUUGACAGAGCCAACCUGACCACUUUAUCAGAUGCCGAACUGCAAUUCUGGAUUCUGAACAUACUGCCGUCCUUCGUAGCCAACAUUACUGUUCAACAUGUGAUGUCCUAUUUCAGCAUCAUCCAGCAACGACCCUGUCCCAUCAGCCAGCAGGCAGUGCAGCUGCUAAACUCGUCCAGCUCCACCUUCCAGCCAGAGACACAAGAUCAGAUCUACCAGCUGAUCCUUGGCUUACUCACAGGCCCUGACCCGCUGCGUUGCUAUGCUAACCAGAGCUACUACGCCUUCCUGACCUCUUCUUUCAUGAGUUUCCAGUUUCCUGAUCUGACCACCUUCCUGUCGCUGAUGCCACCGGCCCGUGUGCCAGAGCUGUUGGAGUCGGUGUCGCCAGUGGAGGUCAGCAGUCUCCUGAACCGGCCCAAUGCUAUAGAUGAUGUGACCCAAAUCUGCCAGUUUUUCCGAAUUUACCCAAAGACACCCCAGUACUUACAGACGGAGCCACUGUUGCCUGAUGACUUGGCCCGGCAGGUGUUGUCCUGUGUCUGGCCUCAGGUCCUGAAGGUGGAGAGCCAGUCUGAGGUGAAUCAAUGGUUUGAUCAUCGAUUGUUUCAGUACCUGCCUCUCCUCACCUCACAGUUCAUCGCUCCCGAUGUCAUGUUAAAAGCCUCCUGUCUUCCCUUCAAGAAGUUUGUUUCAGUGAUGGCUGCAUACAACUACUCUGCAGCAGAGUUUUCACAGAGCGACAUCUACGACAGCAUCCUGGUCUACCUCAACACCUCUUCUGAUUCCACUCCGAAAUGUUAUAACACCUCCAACCCUGAUCUCAACUCCACCGCCUGGUUCGCAGAGUACAUCUCCAUCUUCUUGAGCUUCGUCACUCUGGAUGACCUCCUCCAGUUUGGCUCGUUUCAGCCAUUCCUGGAGAACCUGGAGAACCUGCAACUCUUCGGUCAGAUCAGCGUUGAUGAUUAUGUCUUGAACUACUACAUAACUCUGCUGUUCGAGAUUAAUCCAUACUUCAGUGCCUACUAUCUUCCUCUGAAGUUCCUUUGCUUGGCUCCUGCGAGCUCCUUCCUUGAUUUGAGUUCAGAGCAGCUGAAGAGCGUCUCAUCCAGUGUCCAUCAGAACUGCACCGACAUCCUACCUGACGUCUCGGCGGCUCUGGCCAGUAAUGCAGAGGUCCUGACGGUGGACAUCAUCCAGGCUCUGGGUCAGUCAUGCACAGGUUUGAGCACGGCUCAGAUCAGUGGCGCUGGAGGGAACGUGCUGCUCAAGGCACUCUCUGUGCUCAGAUUCGUUCAGAACUGGAACCUGGAUCAAGCCAUGAUGAUCAUCCAGACCCUGCUGUCCUCUGGAGUUUACCAGAUUAAUAGCGCUGUCAGUCUGCAGAACCUGGGAUCACUGAUCAUCGGUGUUCAGUCCUCAAUCCUCGACCUGAUCUCAGGAAAUAUCUUCCUUGAAGCCAUUAAAUCUCAGUUGUUCCUGACCAACAUCAUCGGCGCGCCUGUUAUCAUCCAGCAGACCAUCGUCAGCCAGAUCAUUUCCGUCAGCAGCUCGUCCGACAGCAUCGUCACAAACGUCCCUGACUCCAUGGCCACAGAAAUCCCUCGCGUCCUCCUGCAGAAUGUGUCCUCAUCCUCAGCGACUGCGCAGACAGUCAACCAGAAGACAUGGAAACACGAGCAGGCUGUUUUGAUCUUUGAAAGCGUUGCUGCGCAGUUCAGCAACCCAGAUGACAUGUCUUUUCAGGUGCUGCAGGGCUUCACAUGUUCACGAAUCCAGAGCUUCAGCUCCAGUAAGGUGAUGAAUGUGAUCCGUGGCUGCAGACGGAGAGUCAAUCAGACGCUGGUCCUGCAGGAGUCUCAGCUGACCUGCAUGUAUCGCUACAUCAAGAGCUCCGAUGUCAACACUUUCUCCCAGUACCCCGCCGAAGUGCUCAUCUAUUACAACUACUCGAUGAUUGACAAAUCUCUGUGCCGCUCGUAUUUCUCGUCUCUGGGAACAGCCAACUUCUCUGUUCUGUCCAGCACACUGUCCUUCAAGAAGCAGACACUGUUCAACAAUGCCAAGGACUGUCUGGGAAUCUCGGGCUUCAGGAUCAGUCAGGAUCAGCUGGAUGUUUUGGGAAACAUGUGCUGUUUUCUGAGCAGUGACUACAUCCAGAGCUCAGACCCAUAUGUGCUGGAGAAACUCAAGCAGUGUGUGGAUCUAUCGGCUCAGCAGAUCUCUGCGCUGGAGAGCGUCCUGCUGGGAGGGAACACCAGCUACGGACCCUCAGACAGCUGGAACAGAACCACGCUGGAGAACCUGGGCCUGCUGCCGCUCUACCUCACCAGCAACAUCUGGAGCAAAUUCUCACAGGACAACAAGCAGAGGUUCCUGAAGACCUUCAUUCGUGACCUAAGGAAGAACAAUAAAGCCUCAGAGAUGAAGAUCCUCAACAUGAUGAUUGAGGUCACCAAAAUCUCACGAGUCAAAAUCAAGAGAUCUGCUGAAACAGCAUGCACUGUGGGACAGAUCCUGCAGGCUCAGGUGUACAGCGACAUGUUUCCGUUUGCAUACGACGUGCAGCAGUUUAACGCCUGCUUGGCGGUCCAGACUCUGAAGGACAACCUGGAGGCGGUGACCGACCGAGUUUACGACAGGAGCUACCAGCGAAUUGUCCUGGACAAACUCAACCAGGCGUAUCCGGGCGGACUACCUGACGAGGUGCUGCAGGUUUUAAGCUCCGCCUCCCGUGUUGCCACACCUGAUGAUGUCAGAAAGUGGAAUGUGACCAAGAUCGACACACUCUCGUCUCUGAUGAACCCAAGCAACGGAGACUGGGACGCAGAGAUGGUCCAGCUGAUGGUCAGUAAGUAUCUGAGUGUGAAAGGAAACAGUCUGGGCACUAAUGAGCUAAAUGCUUUAGGAGGAACGAACUUGUGUGCGCUGAACACCAGUGUGCUGAGCAACAUCACAGCUGCUAGUGUGGAGCGAGCUUCUGCUCUCUCUUUGACCAGCUGUAGCUCAGAGAAGAAUUCAAUUCUGUUCAGUAUCGCUCAGAAUGCAUUCAACACAAACACACGCAGUACAAACCCUGUCAGCAUCACCACAUACCAGCUGCUGCAGAACUAUCUCGGCGGUGCUGAUUCGACGUUCAUUCGUACUCUUGUGAACUCUAGUGUGAAUAUGGACGUGCCCACAUUCAUGAGUCUGAAGCAGAGCGUCAUCAACGUGCUGAACGUGCCCGAGGUCAAGAGUCUGCUGGGUGUGAACGUGGCUGAUCUAAAGACGUAUGAAAGUGCCGCACAGAUCCAGGAGUGGAUCAGGCUUCAGCUGCAGUCGGAUCUGGACACGCUGCAGCUCGAUCUGAAGGGCGGCAGGAACUCCACCCUCACAGACACCACCGUCAGCUCCACCAUCAGCUCCACCAUCACCAGCAGCAGCACUAAAGCACCGUCAGCACAGACCGGCGCCACAGCUGCUGGAUCCAGAGUCUGGUCACCUGACUGUCCCCAGCUUCUUCUAUUGGCUGUUACUAUGGCGACACUGCAGCUGCUGCACUGAUGUCAUCAUCUUUGUAUUUCCUGUCUCUCGGUCUAUCGAGUAUUUAAAGAGUUUCUGCACUUUCACUUUUUCUGAACUAUUGAACUAUUCAUGAACUGUCUAAAAUUGAUGAAUAAAUCACUCUGGAUUGCUGUGGACA